UUGAAUUUACACUUAUCGCAAGGAUAACAGAAAAAAAUACUACAAUGGCUCGUACCAAGCAGACCGCUCGUAAGUCCACCGGAGGAAAGGCUCCUCGUAAGCAGCUGGCUACGAAAGCCGCUCGCAAGAGUGCACCAGCCACCGGAGGCGUUAAGAAGCCACAUCGUUACCGACCAGGAACCGUCGCUCUGCGUGAAAUCCGUCGUUACCAAAAAUCCACGGAAUUGUUGAUCCGAAAAUUACCAUUCCAGCGUUUGGUUCGUGAAAUUGCUCAGGACUUCAAAACCGAUCUGCGUUUCCAGAGCUCGGCCGUGAUGGCCCUGCAGGAAGCCAGCGAGGCUUAUUUGGUGGGUCUGUUCGAAGAUACCAAUCUGUGUGCCAUCCACGCCAAGCGAGUGACCAUCAUGCCGAAGGAUAUUCAGUUGGCACGCCGCAUCCGCGGAGAACGUGCUUAA